AUGGCCAACCAAACCCCCGCCGUUGUCAUGGACAACGGCACGGGCUUCUCCAAGUUAGGCUUCGCGGGCAAUGAUUCCCCCUCGUUCGUCUUCCCGACAGCGAUCGCGACAAAAGGCCCAGCUGGAGGCGCCGGUGGUUCUGGGUCGGGGCGACCUGGUGUUGCAAACAAGCCCUCCUUCCUCACUGGUGGCGCCGGCCCGUCAGGCCACCUGUCGUCGAAACGGGGCACCGAGGAUCUGGACUUCUUCAUCGGUGAUGAAGCUCUAGCAGCUGCGGCAGGACCUGGCUAUGGACUACACUAUCCAAUUCGGCACGGUCAAAUAGAGAACUGGGACCACAUGGAGAGAUUUUGGUCGAAUUCCAUCUUCAAGUAUCUACGAGUCGAGCCCGAGGAUCACUUUUUCCUUCUUACUGAACCUCCAUUGAACCCCCCUGAGAACAGAGAGAAUACGGCCGAAAUAUUCUUCGAAUCCUUCAACUGUGCCGGCCUUUACAUUGCAGUACAGGCAGUUCUCGCCCUAGCAGCGUCCUGGACGUCCUCCAAAGUGCAGGACCGAUCCCUCACGGGUACUGUUAUUGACUCUGGUGAUGGUGUCACUCACGUCAUCCCUGUUGCGGAAGGCUAUGUGAUCGGCUCGUCAAUCAAAUCGAUCCCAAUCGCCGGUCGCGACAUCACCUAUUUUGUCCAGUCCCUACUCCGAGACCGCGGCGAGCCCGAUUCGUCCCUCAAGACUGCUCAGGAAAUCAAGGAGGAAUACUGCUAUGUCUGUCCAGACAUCGUCAAAGAGUUCUCCCGUUUCGACCGGGAUCCCUCGCGCUUUGCCAAGCACACAGUUGCUCAGCCCGGCGGUCGCCGGGUUACUGUCGAUGUGGGAUACGAGCGAUUCCUUGCCCCGGAGAUCUUCUUCAACCCGGAAAUCUACUCGUCCGACUUCCUCACGCCAUUGCCCGUUGUUGUGGACGGGGUGAUUCAGUCAUCGCCCAUCGAUGUUCGCCGAGGGCUCUACAAGAACAUUGUCCUCUCGGGCGGAAGCACGCUGUAUAAGGACUUCGGCCGGAGGUUGCAGCGGGAUAUCAAACAGCUGGUGGACGCAAGGAUUCGGGCCAGUGAGCUCCGCAGCGGUGGUGCGAGGAGCGGCGGUCUCGAUGUCUCGGUCAUAACCCACAAGAGGCAACGACACGGACCCUGGUUCGGAGGCAGUUUGUUGGGCCAGACACCCGAGUUCCGGUCUUACUGCCAUACAAAGGCCGAGUACCAAGAGUACGGACCGGGGAUCGUGCGGCGAUUUGCACUGCUGGGCGGUCCUGCACAGAAAAUGGCCGGCCCUGAUAUCCCAUCUGAGCAAUGGGCGCAGGUCGUCGAGAAGUCCGGAUGUAAGUCACCCCCGAUCGAUAUCCCGACUCCCGAGAAGAACCCGGGCGCCGAUGAGGUGCUCGUCAACGUCAAGUACUCGGGCGUGUGCCACACGGACCUCCACGCCAUGAACGGCGACUGGCCGCUGGACACCAAGCUCCCGCUGGUGGGCGGGCACGAGGGCGCGGGCGUGGUGGUGGCAUGCGGCGAGCUGGUCAAGGACGUGUCGGUGGGCGACCACGUGGGGAUCAAGUGGCUGAACGGCAGCUGCCUGGCGUGCGACUUCUGCCAGCAGGCCGACGAACCGCUGUGCCCGCACGCCCUGCUGUCGGGCUACACCGUCGACGGCACCUUCCAGCAGUACGCCAUCGCCAAGGCCGCCCACGUCGCCCGCCUGCCCAAGUCGUGCCCGCUCGACGAGGUCGCGCCCGUGCUCUGCGCCGGCAUCACCGUCUACAAGGGCCUCAAGGAGUCCGGGGCGAGGCCGGGCCAGUUCGUCGCCAUCGUGGGCGCGGGAGGCGGGCUCGGCAGCAUGGCGCUGCAGUACGCCGCCGCCAUGGGCCUGCGGACGAUCGCCAUCGACGGCGGCGAGGAGAAGCGGGAGUCGACAAAGGCGCUCGGGGCUGGUGCGUACGUCGACUUCCAGAACACAAAGGACAUCGUGGCCGAGGUCAAGGCGGCGACGCCCGACGGCCUGGGCCCGCACGCCGUCAUCCUGCUCGCCGUGCAGGAGAAGCCGUUCCACCAGGCCACCGAGUACGUGCGCAGCCGCGGCACCAUUGUGUGCAUCGGCCUGCCCGCCCACGCGUACCUGCGCGCCCCCGUCUUCGACACCGUCAUCCGCAUGAUCACCAUCAAGGGCAGCUACGUCGGCAACCGCAGGGACACGGCCGAGGCCCUCGACUUCUACAACCGCGGCCUCAUCCGCGUCCCCAGCAAGACCGUCGGCCUCAGCGAGCUCCAGCAGGUUUACAAGAUGAUGGAGGAGGGGAAGAUUGUCGGCCGCUACGUCGUCGAUACUAGCCGCUAG